AUGCUCGCUGUGAGCCGUCUGGUCUCUGCCGAUCCCCAGACGGCGCAGAUAUACCUCCAACCCGUCGGGAGCACGACAUCCCCCGUCCAGCUUGCAGAGAUUACCUACGACAUCACAACCUCAGAUGCAAGCGCUUCUGUCACAAGCUACGAGGCACCCGAGCUGCCCGAAUCUGCCUCACUGGUACGAAUAGGCCUCUACGACCCGCGCGCGAAGAAAUGGGCGGGGAGCACAAGCGUUGCGUCGGUAGAGAACUUUGGCAAGGGCUACUCGCCGCAUUUCUUACUGUCGUUGGACGCGCCUAGAGGAGGCAAGGAGGUUGAAGGUGGGCCGAAGGAGGCCCGCGUGCUCGGGGCAAGUCUGAGGGGCGUGAGGAUCGAUGCGGGGCAAACGAGGGACUUUGGGCCACAGGCUGGGCUCCUGGUCACGGGCAGGGGCAAACAGCCGGAGUUGAACAGACCAGUAGUCCUCUCACCGGAGGGCAAGAAGGUCGAGAAGGAAGAGAAGACCUUCUUGCAGAAGUAUUGGUGGAUGAUUGGAAUUGCCGUCUUCCUGGCCAUGUCGGGAGGUGGCGGCGAAGGCAAAUAG